GCUCUUGGGAUGAGGAGGCAGUUGGAAACUCUCCAUGGAGAGAAACUACCACACACAAGUAACUAAAGAAGAGACCCCUCUGAUGAUACGUUGUGUGAGCCGUUGAGGGAAUUUCUGGCUAGGUAGAGAAGAAGGGGGUGGACGAGAGGAACCCCACCUCCACUCCCCUGCCCAAAACCGACCUACAGCCUCUGAGAAGACGGGCUCGAAGAAUUUGGUAGCCAGAUCCACCUCUUAACAUUUCACAUUUCUCCUUCUGCAAGGAAUAUUUUUUAAUGAGCAUCUUCACCUCCUUCAAACCGCACUGGCUCUUCUAUGAAUAAGGCGUGCUUCUGGAUUUCAACCCUGGUAGGAAGGAGGCCCGAAGAAGUCCUUGGCUAAAUUUGAAGCCUUGGAGCAACACGGAAAGUUGGCGUUGGACCAGACGGGCAUGCGGUCUCUGCCCAGCCUCCUCUGUCCUGCGGAGAAGCAGAGUGGCCGGCCAGUCUUGAAACAAGAAGUCCCCUUCUGUCCCUUCCCUGUUUGGGUGUUGGUCCCAAUCGGGGUGAUUAUUCUCCGUCUCUGGUUACUUCCUUCAAAGCUGCUUGAGGGAAAGUCACAGCCGGGCCCUUGUGUCUUGGGGUCUUAUCCGGUUACACACACACACAGGGCCCCCGGUUUCCCCUCUGCCAAGUCCCCAGAGCUAGCUCCCAGGUGAGGCACCCAGGUGAUUGGAGCUGGCCAACCUGUUGAAUUGUCCCCUGUGAAUGGGAGGACUCCCAAUCUUCUGCACAGGAAGCAGGCAGGUAUGUUCCCAGACCAGGUGCUUCUACCUGAGAGGGGAAUGCUAGAGGGGCUUAGCCUGAGACCCUCUGUGCUGAUAGCCUGCUCCUCGGGCCCUGGAAAGAACUCUGUACGCGCUCUGGGGCUGGCUCUGUCCUCUUGGGUUUCUUAUCCGGAAGGUGCAGGGGAGACCCAGGCCAAGCCUCCCUAUCGCCUUGCAUGGUGCUCCCAGCCUCCUUCCUUCCCGCCCUGUUUAGCCGCAAGGAAGGAAGGAGGAACUUGGAGGCGGAGGGGCGGGGGUCGUCCCAGGCAAAAGGAGGAAAAAGUCCUCUCAGGCAGCUGUGCGCAGCGGUGGGUGAGUUGCGUCUGGGCGGCCGCGUGGCUGCAGAGGGGAGCUCCUUAUGGUGCCCCCCAUGUUCUGGAAGAAUGAGCCCCCAGGCGAGCAGCCCUCGACUGAGGCCCAGCCCGACGGGGAGGCGCUGGCCGGCGCCCUGGAGAAAGAGGAGGCGCGCUCGGCCGCCAGCACCCCGUCCACGCCGUCCGUCUGCUCGCCGCCCUCCUCCGCCUCGUCCUCGCUGCCGCCGGGCGCCAAAAGCCGCUGCUCCAGCUGCGGCCUAGAGAUCGUGGACCGCUACCUGCUGAAGGUGAACAACCUGACCUGGCACGCGCGCUGCCUGGAGUGCUCGGUCUGCCGGACGCCGCUCCGCCAGCAGAGCAGCUGCUACGUCAAGAACCAGGAGAUUUUCUGCAAGGUGGACUACUUCAGUCGGUUUGGUACCAAAUGCGCUCGCUGUGGGAGGCAGAUCUACGCCAGCGACUGGGUGCGGAGGGCUCGGGGCAAUGCCUACCAUCUCGCCUGCUUCGCCUGCUUCUCUUGCAAGAGGCAGCUGUCCACCGGGGAAGAGUUUGGCCUGGUGGAAGAGAAGGUGCUAUGUCGGAUCCACUAUGACACCAUGGUGGAGAACCUCAAGCGCGCAGCAGAGAACGGGAAUGGCAUCACUCUAGAAGGGGCAGUCCCCUCCGAGCAGGACAGCCAGCCCAAGCCGGCCAAGCGAGCCAGGACUUCCUUUACAGCAGAGCAGCUGCAGGUCAUGCAAGCCCAAUUCGCUCAGGAUAACAAUCCAGAUGCUCAAACGCUGCAGAAGCUGGCGGACAUGACCGGGCUCAGCAGGAGAGUUAUUCAGGUUUGGUUUCAGAAUUGCAGAGCGCGGCACAAAAAACACACCCCUCAACACACGGGGGCUCCCUCGGGGGGCUCCCAAUCCCGCCUCCCUUCCGUGCUACCGGAAGACCUCCACUACUCCCCGUUCAGCGGUCCUGAGCGGGCCAGGAUGGUGACCCUCCACAGCUACAUAGAGAGUCAAGUCCAGUGUGGACAACUGCACUGCCGCCUCCCCUACGGAGCCCCCCCUGUGCACCUCAAAGCCGACAUGGAUGGAGGCCUCUCCAGUCGAGGGGAGAAGGUGAUCUUGUUUCAGUACUGACUGCUCCUUUUCCUCAAUUCCCGGGACUUGUGAUGCCACUGCUGCGUUUAAUCUCCCGACCAUUUCCUCCCUGGCCACCGAGGGACCCCCUCAAGGUCUUCUCAGCCUUGGCUUCUGGAUCUCGGCUGCCGCGGCUGUAGCCACCAGCCGUUGAGCGUCGCCCGAUGGCCUUCUUCACCUGGUGGAUUUGCUGGCUGCUGAAGAUUCUGGGCAGGGCCUUCUCUGGACGACGAAGCGAAGGGACUUGCGGUGGAUGUAUCUUGUCUUCUGCUGCGAGUUUAACCAACGUAAGGAGAGACAUUGUGCCACCUGGGCUGGACGUGUUCAUUCAAGCAUGGAGCACGAGGGACCUCCAACCUAAGAAUCAAGUCUACAAGUUAAAGUCUCAACGUUCAACCGUUCGAUGGAAAUGUGGAUGGAAGGUGGGAACUUUCUCCGUUUCAACAGAGAAGGCCACGGAUCUUGAUUCCUUUUCAACUCUUGAGGCUUCUGAUUUUUUCCCCCCCGCCAGCAUCAUCCGUCUGGUUGUUUUGGGACUGGCAGGGCUUUGUAGCUGCGCGGUGACCCUCCCAGCGCGCCUCCAACUCUUGCGGAUGCUUCUAAUCUCGUCACCCAACAGCCGGUGGGAAAAGGCCUCCCUCCCUAAACCUUGGGAGCAAAAUCCAAUGAACUGGGGCUUCAACCUUUGCACGGAGCUGAGAAAAAUGUUUUUUAAACCCUCUAGUGGCAACAUCAAACUUAAAAAAGAAACUUUGGGGUUGACGGAAAAGGCGGGACUUUGUGCUGCUGGGACUGUAGCAAAACUGGAACUUCUCUCUCUCUCUCUCUCUCUCUUUCCCUCUUAUUUAAUGGCACUUGGCAUCCCCAGGCUGUGCUGGAUGGAGCGACUGAGCAAAAGCACUUGGCGUUCUCCUGCUACGGAGCUCCCUGAUCUUCUUCACAGCCUCAAGCAUCAUCUUGCUAGGCUGGGCAGCUGCUAGGUUAACUGGCCCGUGAAAUGCCUUUUGGACAGAAAGGCCCUGGUGGGACAGGCAUUGCCCUGAUUGGGGCUUCCCCAAGGCCUGGGCCAGGGACACCCCCUCCCCACCCAACCUCAUUGCUUUUUGCUGGCUGGAAUGGCACAGAUCUGCUCCGUUUUUCUCCCAGGACUUCCUAUCCAAAGACACAGGUGUUGUUCUCCCUCCCUCCUUCCCUCCCACCCUCUGGAGAACCCCCAAUCUAGGCAGAUCCCCCUCCCCCCACACUUCUCCCCAGGCUAUGAUGGCACUGAUGAUGUUACCUCGUUGGGUCACGAAACGCCUGGAAGAAAACCACCAAGCUCAGAGAGCACCAAUUGAGGACCCCUCAAUUCAACCCUUGAGCGACAGAUAUUCUCCUUUAUUGGUAGGAUGGCCCAUCAUUUCCAGGAGUUCUGUCACUUCGUGGUCCUUCCGUGCUGCUCCCGUGCUGGCCGAGAGCCCAGCAUGACCUGCUCCCAAGAAUUCACCCGCGGAGCUUGACCUGAAGGAGGAAGCCGCCCAGUUGUGUGUUUCUUGGUGGUCCUGGGUGGCCGAGGCAGCGAGUGCAGGAAAGGAGGCCGGUGCAGAGUGACCCUUGAACUUCCUGACUCAGACGUCCUGCUGAAUUGCGGAGGGGACAGAGGUCACCCUCCCUGGCGGCUGUGUGCGUUUGUGUGUGUUUCUUUCUUUCAAAGGGACGGCAACUGCUUUGGGGGGGCUGUCAAGCGGUGGCUUUGAGGGAGCUUCUCUUUCAGCCCGAUGAGGAGGAGGAGAAGCAGGGACUCCAGGGUGGGGUGGGUGGGGGGUCAGUCCCAGAGGAGAGAAAAGGUUUUGUCUUGUUGUUCUCCAAUCACCAAGCAAAGAUCGGAAUUUUUCUUCCUUGUAAAAGUCAGGGAGCAGCCAGGGCUUCCUUUUUUUAAACACGGUAAAUUUUGCUCCACUCUUGCAAAACUGGAAACCGUUCAAUGGAUGUUCGAUCCAUUUGUCCUCCGUGAAAUGGAAGUUUCUGAAAAAUCCUGCCCCAGAGGAGGACGACAGGUGCCCUUUAGAGCAGCCUCUCGAUAGCCCGAUGUCUUCUCCCUGGGCAAAGCCGUCUGUCUAUCUACAUUUAAAAACACACUCUCAUGCAAACACGUAGCUGAGCAAAGGUGCCCCCUGACCCUAGACGGGCAAAACUCUGUGCAAGCUCAGAGACCCUCCAGCAGGUUGGACUAUCUGCCCGUAAAAAUCCCUAUUUUCGCCAAUGCUGUGCUCCAAAGGAUGCCUCCAGCAUUGGGGGAAUUUAAAAUAUGAAUGGAAUCCUUCCCAUCACUCACUUCUCACCAUCAGGCUGUGCAAAACUCCCAGCCUAAAUUCUGAGGGCCAGCAAUUAGUAAGCUUAGUCAAAAUCUGUUGUCACUCGAUUCCCUGCAAAGGACAUGCUUUGGAAUUCGGCACGGGUUUCCUUUCUGGAAUAUGUUUGGAUUUUCUAUAGCUCUAAGAGCUGAGGAAAAAUUAAAGUAGAAUCUAGUCGGAUCUGGGAAGACAAAGGAGGCGCCUGGAUUAAUUUCCAGGAACUAAGAAGGGCCAAAUUUUGUUUUGAAAAACCUGAAGCAUUCACGCUGACAACGUAUAUUUAACUGAAGCAUGUCGGGCUCGGAAGGGGGUCUCCAAAGGGCAGCAUUGCGUCUCCCUCUUUCUGCUUCUCCUUUUUAAAAAGCUGGGCUGAGCAGAAUAAGGGGCUUCAUCAACUCAGGGGCAGACAGAGAACUAACCGCCUGGCCCAGUCAGAAGAAGCAGGGGUGGUGGUCCCAGGCUGUGCCAAAUUGUCUUGGGUGGG